UCAACUUCCUUUUGCACUUGCGCAAAUUCGACAUCCUGUUAUGGACUGGGGUGGUAAAUAAAUCACCUGUGCACAGCGAUGGAGCUCUCAAGGAGGAUGUUGCGGCACGCCACUUUACUCGCUGGCAGGCCUGUGCACAAAAAUCCUUUAAAGUUCUGGAAAAGAGGGAAAACAUACGGGGAGGUUGCAACAAUGAAGACAAUCCUCCAUGAUUUCAAUAUUCAACAUGGAGCCAAAAUGGUCCCCUUCUGUGGUUGGCAGAUGCCUCUUCACUACAAAUCAAGCAUCAUGGAAUCCCACAUUCAUACGAGAAAACAUGCAAGCCUCUUUGAUGUAUCGCACAUGAUGCAAACUUAUAUAUUUGGCAGGGACAGAAGCCAAUUUGUGGAAAGCUUGACUGUUGCAGAUGUGGAAGGACUGAAAGAGAAUAAUGCUGUAUUAUCAAUGUUCACUAAUGACAAUGGUGGAAUUAUGGAUGAUUGUAUUAUUACAAAGACUAGUGAUGACCAUAUUUAUAUUGUGUCAAAUGCUGGUUGUGCAGAUAAAAUAGGAAUAUAUAUUGAGACUGAAGCAGAGCAGUUUAAAUUCAAAGGAGGAGAUAUUUCUGUUGAACAGAUAUGCAAUGGUCUACUUGCCUUACAAGGUCCAGAGAUGGUCCAAGUGCUACAGCCUUUGAUAGAAUCUGAUCUAAACCUUGACGAACUGCCAUUUAUGACUAGUUCCAUGGCAACAAUAGCAGGAGUGCCAGACUGCAGAAUUAGUCGCUGUGGUUAUACAGGCGAGGAUGGUGUAGAGAUAUCUGUUCCGUGUGAGAAAACAGAACAUGUGGCAGAUGCUAUUUGGUCUUCCAAAAAUGGUGAAGUACGCAUGGCAGGGCUGGGGCCCAGAGACAGCCUCAGACUUGAAGCAGGGCUCUGCCUGUAUGGGAAUGACAUAGAUGAAACAACUACACCAGUGGAGGCCUCACUAGCAUGGUGCAUAGGCAAAGUAAGAAGAGAGAAAACCCCAACUUUCCCAGGUGCUGAAGUAAUAUUAUCCCAGCUGAAAAAGAAACCACCAAAGAGGCGAGUGGGAAUCAAAUCCAGAGGGGCACCAGCUAGAGCUGGCACCCCCAUUCUAGACCACCGGAGAGGGGUUCAGAUAGGGGAGGUCACCAGCGGUAUCCCCUCACCAUCCCUCAACUAUAACAUUGCUAUGGGCUAUAUUAACACACAAGGAAAGAUAGGAUCAAAAGUGAUCCUACACGUGAGGCAAAAGCAUGUUGAAGGAGAGAUUGUAAAAAUGCCCUUCGUUCCGCAUAAAUACUACUACAAAAAGGAAGAAACUCAGACCAACCCAAAGUGAGGCGUGAAAAAGGUGCUGUGGGGACUUGGAACUGAGUGUUUUGAAGCCAAAACCAAGUUAAAUUUGAUUUGAGGCUAAUGAAACUAAGGUCUAACAGGGGUGCUAUUAAGUAUUGGUGGAAAGCGUUUUUGAGAUGGAAAUGUGUUCAGUUUGUUUUGAAGCUCCAGGUACAUCAAUCUUAGCCUGUAUCGCUACUUUAGAGACUUGAAUAUGGUUGUCAAUGAAGAAUCCUUGCUUGCCAUCUCUGAGUCAGGGUCUUACUCUUAGUUUUAAUUUUGUGGAAUUAGACAUGGAAUUCCAAGAUUUUUAUUUAGUUUUGAAAGGGCCUAAGGUGCCCUACUGCCACGUAAGUGUUUGUUCCCACAAUAAAUGUUCAGAGAUUCUUUUAAUAACCCCAAGCUUACUUCUGUGAAAUUUUAAGUGGACAACUAGAAAAGUUGAAAUGAGGUUGAGGUGGUUUUGAUUUAAAAGUUGAUUGUUCUCAAAUGCAAUCUGGUUGGGAAACGGCAUCUGCUGAAUAUUUUUUUCACAUUUAAAGCAAGUUUACAGUUUGGCUUUAUAUUAAUAUUUUAUUAAUAUAUUAAGUUAAUACAAAUUUAUCAUUCACCAGAAUAUAUCAUGGUCAUAGGAGUGUGAGAAAUUAAUUUACGGUGUAAUGCAUAAUUAUAGUGAUAGAAGAAAUACAUAAUGAGUUCUUCUUUAUACUUAAUAUUUUGCUCGCUUUUUAAUAAUCUGGCUGUAUAUGUUCAAAACAAUAGCAGCUUGAAAUGAUCAUUACAUGUUUGUUAAUUUUUGUUUUUGUAAAAGAAAAUCCCCGAAUGUUGUGACCUGAUUUUAUAUUUCAAAAGAUAGUCACUGUGACAGUUGGGUGGUGAUUAUAUAGAGGCCAUAAGUAAAUUCAUUAAACAUUUCUAUAUAUUUUUAUUAUGAGUAUUAAAUACUGAAUCAGAUCGAUUAUUUUCUGGGAAUACUAUAAAUUUACUAAUAAUAAUUUAUACCAUAAAUAAAUAAUGAAAAAGCUUCAUUGAUUUUUGUAUAAAAAGUUAUUUGAUUUCCUUGUCAAUUCAUAUUUUUUAAUUAUUGUUGUUAUGUAACAUGACUCUUUUUUUGUAAUGGUAUUUUUAUUCAUUAAACCACACAGUGUUUAACACAAGAAUGGGAAAUAGUUAUUAUUGGUGGUCUUGAUAUGAAUUGACUGCAAGCUGGUGCCAUUAAUAUUGCUUAAUACAUGUAUGUUGUGCAGGAAGUAUAACAAAGAUUUUAUUGCUUUAAGUUUUAAUGAUUCAUUGUAAAGUUCAUUCAAAAUUAUAAUGAUGCUUGAAUUGUUGAAGUUAAACUUCGGUCUGUAUUCUAGUGCAAUUUUGUUUACUUGUAUCAUCUCUUCUAUGUGAUGGAAACUUAUAUAAUGCACCUACCAUUAGGUUUAUUUUAUAACAGCUGAGUAUAGUUGUAUUUUUUAAAUGCAUUUAUUUCAUUAGAGAAAUGUCAAAACUAAUUAUCAAGUCUAAUUACACAAUCAUAAUAUUUUAUUAUUAAUUAUAAUGAUGGUAUAUCAGAGCAGGUUAGUUAAAAUUGGUGGUAUUUCUAGUGCAGCUUACCAACCUGGAUAAAAUCAAAAUAAUAUGCACUUAAUGGAUAAUCCUGCUCAUUUUUAAGUAAUAAAAGUGCAGAAUUGUCAUGUUGAACAAGGAGUUUUAAGUUCUUUCAUAAGGACCUUUUGUACAUAUUAAAAAUGCCUUUUCUAAAUUCGGCAUAGGAUGCCGUAAGUUACUGAAGUGAAAUGGAUCCAUUGUGGCAACUAAUGAAUGGUAGACAAGUUUAAUAAGUUGAGAUGAAAACAUAUUGGUUUUCAGAUCAAACUUCUAUCAGUAUAAAUCUGUGCUCAAGUGGAAAGUUGAUUAUCAAUUAUGCCUAUUUAUAGGAUUUAAUAAAAAUAA